UUCUAACAUUAGUGGGGCAGCUUGAGGACCCUGUUUUUUAGGCUGUGUAGUCCAGAGAAGAGAAAGACCUUAGCUUCCCUCGGUCUCUUUUGCCUCUUCCAUCAUUAAGGGAGGGAAGUUUAUAAAAUCUCUACUUCUCUCUCUACAUUCUAUUUCUGGCGCCAUUUCAAGCAAACCCGUCUUUGUUUCAAACUUUUUUUGGGGGGUGGGGGGCUUCUUCUCUCCAGCUUCCCAACUCCUAACUUUCUGUUCCUUUAAGAAGAGCCUCUUUUGGGUUUGCCACUUUCAAGAAACACAUGGAAGAAAAGUUGAGCACGAUGUCCAUGUCACUAGGCAACUCUGACACUAACUCACCUCAUCUGCCACUGGGUAGCUUGGUGUUAUCUCAAGUCAUGAACAUGGACUUGGAGAGAAACCUCGAUAAUGCAGCAACAGGCGAGGGAGCCACAAUAAGUACCACAGCAACAGCAGUUCCAGGACCAAGUGGAGGUGGGGUUGAUUCUUUAGGAAAGAAAAGGAGAGGGAGGCCAAGAAAAUAUGAUGCAGAUGGGAACCUUAGGUUACCAUAUAAAUUAGUGACGACUUCUCCUACUGACUUCUCCUCUUCCAAGAGAGGUAGAGGCAGGCCCCCUGCUUCUUCCAACUGCCACCUUCUAGCUUCUAUAGUUGAGUUGUUUGCUAGCACAGCUGGAGGGGACUUUACGCCACAUGUGGUCACAGUUAACCCUGGGGAGGAUGUUGCAGGCAAAAUUCUUUCAUUUUCUCAAAAGGGACCUCGUGGGAUUUGUGUUCUGUCAGCAAAUGGAGCUGUUUCCACUGUUUGUAUUCGACAACCUGGUUCAUCUGGUGGUAUUUUAACAUACGAGGGUCGGUUUGAGAUAUUGUCCUUAACUGGGUCAUUUACAGACAGUGACCGUGGUGGUGGAAAAAGUAAAACUGGUGGGUUAAGUGUUUCAUUGGCCGGACCAGAUGGUCGUGUAAUUGGCGGUGGACUUGCUGGUUCCUUGGUGGCUGCUAGCCCUAUACAAGUUGUGGUAGGAAGCUUCAUGCCAAACGGUUACAAAGUGCAUAAAAAGAAGUAUCAAGCUGAGCACACGGUGGGUACUGCGCCUUCAGCCACGGCGACAGCCGCAAGGCCAAUCUCACAAGCGGAACCUGAUGGUGAUCUCAAGUUCUGCAUGACACCCACAUCCCCAUUUCGAAAGGAAAGCAAUGGGGAACCAAAUCAUACCACAAUGGAUAAACAUACAAAUGUUGGAUCCUCUCAUGCUGUCAGUUGGAAUGGCUUGGAACUCACAUCAAUCCAUCGGCCAUACCCUGAUAUAAACGUGUCCCUGACAAGUGAAUAGGGAUCAUUUUUAUGUAUUACCAAUUUCACUUCUACUUUGAACCCUUCUAUUUUUCUUCAUUUCGUGUUCAACCUUUUAGAAACUAAUUUUAUUCAAAUUAUUAGGCUUAAUUAGCAAUUUGACCUUUGAAAUA